AUGAACCUGCUCUACCGCAAAAGCCGACUGGACUGGAGAAAUCGAGACCAGGAGAGCAGCAAGAAGAGCUGGUGGCAGGUGAAAAGUUCCAGUCAUAAGGACACGUCCUCUGCCACGGUGGGGAAGGUGCGGGACUUGGCCUCGUUCCGCCGCCACUUCCGCAUGGGCUUCAUGACCAUGCCGGCGUCGCAGGACCUCUCGCCCCACUCCUGCGCCUCGGCCAUGGCGCCGCGCUCGCAGUCCUGCCACGCGGUGGGCGCCGGUGAGCCGGCCGGCGACCUGGAGAACGGCGACUACGCGGGCAGCGACGAUGGCACGCACCAGGGGAACCGGUGCCCGCCGGCCAAGCCCAAGCGGCACCCCAGCACGCGGCUCAGCUCCACGCCCCAGGGGGAGCACCCGCCCAGGGGGGGCAUAGCGGGCAUCAUGGGCGCAGGAGGGCACGCGCCGUCGGAGGCGCCGCCGCCGUCGUCGUCGACGUUGUCGUCGGGCCAGUCCGGCCAGGGUCACCACUCGUCCAGCAAGCACGGGGAGAAGAAGAACGCCAUGAAGAAGUCGGAUUCGGGGGAGAUGGCGAACAAGAAGGUUCCGCCGCUGAAGCCCAAGCGGAGUCCGAGCACGCAGCUGUCGUUCGACCCGCCUCUGCCGCGUCUCCCUCCGCCGGCCACGCCGCUGCCCUUCCAGAACGCCACCGAGUCCUCGUCGUCGUUGUCGGGCGCGUCGCCGGGCGAGGGCGGCCUGGACGACGAGCCGGUCUACAUCGAGAUGGUGGGCCAGGUGUUCACGCGCGAGAGCGCCACGGCCACGCCGCACCCGCCGCUCACGCCCUCGGCCACCACGCCGGAUUCGGACUCGGACCCGGGCGAGGCCAUCUACGAGGAGAUGAAGUACCCGCUGCCGGACGAGCACUCGCCCAAGGCCGCCGUGUCCAUGUCGCACUCGUCCCCACUGCCCUGCGCCUCCUCCUCGGCCUCCUCCACGCCCGUGCCGCUGUCGUCCAGCCCGCACGCCCCCCGCGCCCCCACCCCCUUCCUCCUGCAGGGCGGCAGCGGCAAACCGGAGCUGGACUCCUCCUCCUCCACCUCCUCCUCCGCCACCAAGAUCCCCGCUCCCUUCCCCAACCUUCUCCAGCACAAGCCUCCCCUCCUCGCCUUCCCCCAGCCCGCCGCCGCCUCUAGCGGGGUGGCGGAGUCGUCCGGGGGGGGCUCGGGGGGCGCGCAGGACAAGCAGCAGGCCGAGAGGAGGGAGGCGCAGCUGGGCCCGGCGCCUGGACUGAGAGCACGGAGUCACUCCACGCCGCUGCCUCCGUCCUCCAAGUCCUCCUCGCCGUACUCGCACCACCACCAACCGCACCACCACCCGCACCACCGGCCCUCGCACUACCACCACUACCGCAAGCCCGACAAGGAGUCGGGCAAGAGCUGCUCCUCCGCCACCUCCUCCUCCUCCCAGAUCAUGGCGCAGACGCAGGGCAAGGAGGGGAAGUCGCGGCCGCACUCCCGCCCCCACCUCCACCGCUCGCACACCCCCCACGCCCUCUCCCACGGCCUGCCCGCCUACAAGCCCCCGCCGGCCGACAGCCCCCUGCUCUGGACCUACCCCUCCGUGGGCUUCCGGAGGCCCCCGGCCUACGACAGCCUCAGGGGGGGGUCCCAGCUGCACUCCCUGCACCACGACCCGGGCUCCAAAGGUGGCGGCGGCGGCGGUGGGGGUGGUAGCGGGCCGUCGUCGCUGCCGGGCAAAGCGGGCUUCGUGCCCUGGGACGGGAACGCGGGGAUGGGCCUGCCGGACGACAUGCCCUAUUGGCCCAUGCACAGGAAGCUGUCCUUCAGUCACAGCAGAGACACAGAGAAGGAGGAUGGCAGCGUGUGGAACGGCGGCAGUGACGGCCUGCUGAGGAAGGGGAGGGACGACCUGGCCCUGGGGCUACGCGGCGGCCACUCGGGCAUCCCGGUGCGCACCUCGGGCCGGCCCUUCGGCCACAGCGAGAGCCUGGCGGGGGCAGACGGGCCGCCCGGCUUCAGGGCGCUGAGCAGAGGAGGGCUGCCCUUACCCUGCCAGACCUUCCCCGCCUGCCGGAAUGGAGAGCUGGCACGUCUGGGCAGGUCGUCCUCCACCUCUGGGGUGAGGCAGGUGGGCGGAGGUGAUGUUCAGAGGCAGAGCAGCCUGCCUGCCAAGGAUGUACUGAGCCAGCUCCAGGCCCAUGCUCUGGCGCAGGCCCAAGCGCAGGCUCCCUGCAGCCCCUCGCUGUCGCGCCAGCAGCAGCAGCUCCACCUCCACCAGCAGUUCCAGCACCUGGCCCAGCUGGCGCAGGGGCAAGCCCUGGCCACCGGGGGCGCCGCCAUCACCACCACCGCCACCUCCGGCGGCGGCAGCGCCAACCCCGCCGCCAUCGUCUCGGGCACGGUUGCCGCGGCAGCAGCGGCGGCAGCCGCCAGCGCCGGCGGAGGGUCCCAGGCGCAGCGCGACGGCAAGCUGCUGGAGGUCAUCGAGCGCAAGCGCUGCCUCUGCAAGGAGAUCAAGGCCCACCGGAGGCCGGACAAGAGCCUGUGCAAGCAGGACAGCAUGCCCAUCCUGCCCAGCUGGAGACGGACCCCCGAGCCGCGCAAGACGGGCACCCCGCCCUGCCAAAGGCCCCAGGCGGUGGUCUGGGACACGGCCAUCUGAGGCAGAGAGGGAAAGAGGGUAGGAAGAAGGAGAGCUGGACAAGUUUACAGUUUUGAGAUGAAGAGAGAGAAAGAGAGACAGAGAGAGAGAGAGAGACUGAGAGAGUUCAUUGAGAAGGUGGAGGGAUGGAGAUCACAGCAAUCAUUGAGGUUGUGACUGCUUCUGCUUCUGUUGGCUGAGGAAGGGCCGGGAGUAACAUGUGCCAUAAUAACUGAAUCAAGGACAGAUGAAAUAAUAAAAAUAAACUAGUUCAAAACUCACCUUCUGUUGGAAGAAAGCAAAAAAAAAAAAAAUGAAAAAGAAGGGAAAUUACGUUUACAGCAUUGCAUAUUCAUACUUGAGGCCUAUCAUGAACUUUCAAAGUCCCUAAAGUCACAUACAAUGUGAAAGACGUAGGUAGAUAAUUGAUCCAAUUGAGCUCGGGGGGAGAUGUUAAUGCAUCAUUCUCCCUUGUGCUCAGAAGAGGAUAUGUGCCGAACCUGGCACAUCCCCUGAGGAAAGGACUGCAAUUAGUUUUGUCAUUUUUCCCUCGGUGACUGUGCGUGUCUCCUCUUCGACUGGUCUGCUCAAUGUCCUCCCAUCGCUGGUCCAGACGGAGGCUUUCACUGAGCGUGGGUGGAACCACUACAGCUCCAGCUUUCCAUCAUCCCACUCAGAGCCUAUUGGCUCUGCCGUCCUGCU